AGUUGCGACCCAUUAAGGCAUCAGGAAAUGGAGCUCCAAAAACUGCACAGUUGGGGCGCAAAACCCUUGCAUUUCGCCUCUUUUGAAUGAAGAAAGCGAGGGACUUCUUCUUCCUCGCAACAAUCCUCAGAAGCAGCAGCUUUCUCACUCUUCUAAGGCCCACUCCUCAGAUGGAGGACAUAUCAGAGAGAUACUGUUUCAAACCAAUUCUGCGAUGGAACCCUCAGGUGGAGGACUACUUCGUCAGAGCUUACGGACCCGAUCAUUUCUCCCGCAUUUCCCAAGCUCUCACGCGCCCAUCUUGCUACUCUUGUGUACGUGUGAAUACACUUAAAUCCACACCUGAUGCUGUUAUUGAGAAGUUGCUUGCCAUUUUAAAAGAAAAGGGGGAUGUAAACUCCACUAACAAUGUAAAUCUAAGCAAAACCGACGCCAAUUGCAAUUCCCAGAGUUUGCAUAACUGUGGUAAGGCAGCUUCAGAACAAGAUGGCGUCACAAAUACGUUCAAGGAGAGCUUUCACAGCAGUUCCAUUUCAAAGUGUCAGUUUCCAGGGUUAGACUAUGUUCUGUUUGUCAGGGGUUCAGGACCACACAAAAUUGAUUAUGGUUAUGCUGAUGGUAUACCUCCUAAGGAGGUAAUUGUGAGUCGCAAAUGUGCUGAGGCAGUUCUUCGAGGUGCUCAGGUCUUUGUUCCUGGAGUAAUGGCUUGCAGUGCUCAUGUUGAGAAAGGAGAUGUAGUCGCAGUUUCAGUUGCUGUGGAGCAGCCCAGUGCUGAUGGUGGUUGGGGCAUUGGCAUAACACGAGGGACUGUCAUGCAGGGUUUGCAGACAGAUCCUUACUAUUUUCAACGAAGUGGCCUGUAUAUUGGCCAAGGAAAAGCAAUGAUGUCAAGGUCUGGUAUCUUCCGUAUUACACAAGGAGUUGCUGUGGACAUAUGUAGUAGAGUAUAUCAACUUCCUUCAUUUCAUGAUGUGCUUGAGGGGGAAAUAUUUCUUCAAAAUCUGCCUAGUAUUGUCACUGCUCAUGCACUAGAUCCUCAGAAAGGUGAGCGAAUAUUAGACAUGUGUGCUGCACCAGGAGGGAAAACAACUGCAAUUGCAAUUCUAAUGAAAGAUGAAGGAGAAAUUGUAGCUGUUGAUAGGUCCCAUAAUAAGGUGCUGGAUAUUCAGAAAUUGGCAGUGGAAAUGGGCCUGAGUUGUAUAACAACGUAUAAACUGGAUGCUCUUAAAGCUGUUCGUCGAAGGAAUGAAUGUGAUGCUGCAUCUAAUCUAUCUUGCUGCGAUGAUAUCAAUGGCAUGCAAAGUUCGAAUCCAGUGAUGUUACAAGUGCAGAAAACUGCUCUAGAAGGGUUGACUGCUGAUGAGGCUCUCAAUGGAAGUGUUAGCAAUGAAAAAGCGAAUGAGAGAACUUACAUUAGCAAAGCUGACACCAGGAAGAAUAUAAGAAGAAUGCGGAAUGGGCCAGGAAGAAAUCAGUCCAUAGGUGGUAGGGUUGAGAACUCAAAAGGUUUUUCCCCUAACAGCUUUGAUCGAGUCCUUCUUGAUGCUCCCUGUUCUGCCCUUGGUUUGAGACCUCGUCUAUUUGCUGGAGAGGAAACAAUUGAAUCCUUAAGAAACCAUGGAAAGUAUCAAAGGAGAAUGUUUGAUCAGGCUGUUCAGUUAGUUCGUCCGGGUGGAGUUAUUGUGUAUUCGACAUGUACAAUAAAUCCUGGAGAAAAUGAAGCAUUGGUUCGAUAUGCUUUGGAUACUUAUAAGUUCCUCUCGUUGGCACCACAGCAUCCCAGAAUUGGAGGACCUGGUCUUGUUGGCCACUUUGAAUUUCCUGAUGGAUAUAUUGAGGAAUGGUUACAACCUGGUGAGGAGGAAUUGGUUCAGAGGUUUGAUCCAUCUUCUUCUCUUGACACUAUCGGAUUUUUCAUUGCCAAGUUUAUUGUUGGUUCCAAAGAUCCCUGAAAUGAUCAGAGCUAUUAGGAUAAUUAAUGACAUAUCAUAUUCUUUGCUCUUUGCCCACUUUUCUUAGGUUAGCACAACAUCUAAAAUAGUUGUAAAACUGUUAUGCAGACGUUUCUCACACAUGUUCAUCGAAUUUAGAUUUUUUGCUUCA